UUUCUAAUGGAAGCCGUAGCCCGUUGUACGACAACUCCACUCCUUCGACACUCCCCGUUUCCUUCUCGCUCUUCUUCGCUCUUCCUCACCUGCAGACCUUCUAAUUCCCCAAUUUCUCUCUUCCGAAACCCUCGUCUCCGCAUCAUACUUCCAUCCUCCUCCUCCUCCUCCUCACCAUUGUCAUCUUCAUCAAUGGCAAUGCCUCUGCAGGUCUCUGCCUCCUCUAGCACUGGUGCACGAGAGGAAGCAAUGGAGAACUCAUCGUCUCGUUUGGUUGGGGAGAAUGAUUUGCUAAUUGUCGGACCUGGUGUUCUUGGGCGUUUAGUGGCUGAGAAAUGGCGCGAGGAACAUCCGGGCUGCCAAAUAUUUGGACAGACUAUGACAUCGGAUCACCAUGAUGAAUUGAUUAAAAUUGGGAUUAAUCCAUCUUUGAAGGGAACAGAAGCAACUGGUCGAUUUCCGUAUGUUAUUUUCUGUGCUCCCCCCUCUCGAGCACUGGAUUACCCUGGUGAUGUCAGGCUGGCUGCAUUAAACUGGAGCGGUGAAGGUUCUUUCUUGUUUACUUCAAGCACUGCCCCAUAUGAUUGCAACGACAAUGGAUCAUGUGAUGAGGAAACUCCUGUAGUACCAAUUGGGAGGAGCCCUAGGACAGAUAUCCUUCUAAAAGCAGAAAAAGUAGUCUUGGAGUUUGGCGGUUGUGUUCUUAGACUGGCAGGACUUUACAAAGCUGACAGAGGUGCACAUAUUUAUUGGCUGGGGAAAGGUACCUCUGAUGUGCGCCCUGAUCACAUCCUCAAUCUCAUACACUAUGAGGAUGCAGCUUCACUCUCGGUUGCAAUCUUGAAGAAGAAACUUAGUGGUCGAGUUUUCUUGGGUUGUGAUAAUCAUCCUUUAUCCAGGCAGGAAGUCAUGGACUUGGUUGUUAAGAGUGGGAAAUUCAGUAAAAAAUUUGAAGGUUUUACAGGCACUAAUGAUCCUUUAGGUAAGCGACUCAACAAUUCAAAAACUCGUGAAGAGUUAGGAUGGGAGCCAAAGUACCCAAGCUUUUCUAAGUUCCUUGGGGUAUCUGAAUGAUUCUUGCUUCUCUGUUUUUGGAACUCAAUUCAAAUGAAAGAGGGCGGGGACCUUGGUUUAGGUAGCCGGCCAAUGGAUUGCUUGAAGAUGGAGCUGUUGAUAUUUGUUAUGGCAAAAUUUGUGGUGGUGUUGAAUGUGCUGAAUAUUAGAUGUGUUUUCAUCCUGAAUGGUAUUCAUUUGAUAGGGAAAAAUGAAUUUCUAAAUUCACAGCUAUACUCGUGUAUGGGUUCAUCAGUCACAUAUUCAAUUGACAGAUUGUGUGGAUUCACCUGUCCACACACAAAAAAAAAAGUGACAUUCCCAAA